AAGUUAAAGCUAGCCGUAACAUAAUUCUUGGAUGAAAAAUAUUUAUGUAGAGAUUGCACUACAUUAUUUACAAUGCUGCCACCUUAUGAAAUGCGUGGGUUAAGGGGGAGAAAAUGCCGCCAAUAUUCCAUUCGGUAAUGUCGACUAACCUAGAGGCCCAUAAGGAUGAGAUAUUAUGAUUGCUGGUGCUCCCUCUCCCGUGUGUUUCCCUUCAUAUGUAAUGACAGCGUCGAUUUCGGUGGAGUCUUCAGCCGAGGGUAUCUUCAAUCGGGUGGUCAUGUGGGCGAGCUGGUUCGACGGUCAAGGACCUGCGGGCUGUGAAUUUUCUCAAAGUCUGAAUUGGCAAAUUGCCGUUUGCAGAUGCCACAAGCCACCGUGACCGCUAAUCCUUUACCCUUUGGAAAUUUUUCUUCAUCGGUCUUCAUCCUCCGCCUCGGUAGUAACGCUCUAUUAACCUUGAACUAUGGCUAAAAUCCAGAAGAAAGGAAAGAAGGGAGCCGCCGCUAACUUCGUUACCAGAAACCAAGCUCUGAAAAAGCUUCAGAUUUCUUUGGCUGAUUUCAGACGUCUUUGUAUCUUGAAGGGAAUUUAUCCUCGCGAACCUAGAAACAAGAAGAAGGCCAACAAGGGUUCCACCGCCCCGACCACAUUCUAUUAUCACAAGGAUAUUCAAUACCUUCUUCAUGAACCAGUCUUGCACAAAUUCAGAGAGUACAAGGCUUUCGCUAAGAAGCUCGCAAAGGUCAUGGCCAAGGGCCAGUACAGCACUGCCAAAUCUCUCGAAGAGCACAACAAGCCUGUUUACAGUUUGGAUCAUAUUGUGAAAGAAAGAUACCCUACCUUUGUCGAUGCUGUCAGAGAUCUCGAUGAUGCUCUUUCCAUGCUUUUCUUGUUUGCAACCAUGCCUGUGACCGAUAAAAUCAAUCGCGAAGUUGUUGAGGACUGCCAGCGUCUUACAGCAGAAUUCCAGAUCUACGUUAUGAAGUCUCGCAGUCUUCGUAAGGUCUUUUUCUCCAUCAAGGGUAUUUACUACCAAGCUGAAAUCAAGGGCCAAACCGUUACCUGGCUUGUACCCUAUCAAUUCGCUCAAACGAUUCCUACCGAUGUUGAUUUCCGAGUCAUGCUCACAUUCUUGGAAUUCUAUCGCACUCUUGUUGGAUUCAUCAACUUCAGAUUGUUCUCUGAAGUGAAUCUCAUAUAUCCUCCCAAGCUUGAUCUCAUCAAGUAUGAGGGCGCUGCUGGAUUCAAUGCUUUGAUUCUUGAGGCCAUGCACAAGACAGCACCUGAUGCGGAAGCCAAGUUGGAUACUGAGAUGAUCGAAGCAGAGAAGGAGGAAUCACCCGAGGAUGUUGCUAGAAAGGCAGCCUCCAAGGAACGCCUGAAGACCCUUGGCAACAAGGUUGCUGAACUACAAGGAUCCACAGAUACUGACCGAAUAGAUGAAGAUGUCCAAGACGAAACUGAAGAGACCGCCUUUGACGAAUUCAAGGCUACCGCUCCUACCAAUGCUGCUGUGGAUGGAGAUGAUAACAUGGUGACAUUGAGCCAGAUCCAAGCUGCCUCUACUGAAAUUCAGCAGUUGCAAAACCUUUUCUCACGUUCUGUCAUUUUCCUCUCACGAGAGACUCCACGAUAUGCCUUGGAGUUCAUCAUCCGUUCAUUCGGUGGACAAGUCAGCUGGGAUGAAACAGUUGGUACUGACGCACCUUUCCCUGAAAACGAUGAGAAGAUCACACAUCAGGUCUGCGACCGACCCACUCAGGGUCAUCGUUUCCUCAACCGCACAUACAUUCAACCACAGUGGGUUGCCGACAGCAUCAAUUCACGCAAACUUGUCAUCUCUGACAACUAUGCACCUGGUCGCAUGUUGCCACCUCAUUUGAGUCCAUUUGUCGAAGCCAAGGAAGGCGACUAUGUCCCAUCCACUGGUUUGGAAGAAGAAGAUGAGACUUUUGAAGGAGAAACUGAAGAUAUCAACCCUGAUGAUAUCGAAGUCCAAGAUGACGAAGAAGUUGACAGCGCUGAUGAAGAAGAUGAGGAAGAAGAGGAAGCCAAGGCUGCUGUUGCUCCCAAGAAGGUCGUUAAGGAAGACCACGAGGCCGAACUUCAGGCGGAGGCUGCUGGUGUUGCCUUCACUGAAUAUGCUGAAAAGAAGCCUGCAAAUGCCAAGAAAGCACCCAAGUCUGCAGCAGGCAAGAAGCGUACUGCUAAGGAAAUUGAAGAGGAAGAGGCGAAGGAGCUUGCCUCCAUCAUGAUGUCCAACAAGCAAAAGAAGUUGUACACCAAGAUCAAGUAUAGCCAGAAUAAGAAGAGCGAAGAGGCUGCCAAAUUGGAACAGAGAAAGCAGAACAUCGCAAAGGCAAAAACCAAUGCCAACAAGCGCUCCAAGAAAUAAGCAUAGUCUGAGAACUUCUCCAUGCUUUGACGACUCUACACCAAAAAAAAAAAAACCUCCCACCUUUGUUGCAUUGUUUUCUUUUCUUUUUCUUUUCUUUUAAUCAUAUUUUCAACCCCGUCGCACUCCACUUGUCGUGAAUAAUAAAAGCUGCAUUUGUAUAGAUCGAAUUUCUUUUUACUGCUGUUCUGGUCAUAACUACACUAU